AUCGAUAGUCGCUUCGAAUUUGAAAACAUCGAUGCAUCGAUUUCUUCACCUCUACUCUAAAUUUUUUGUUCUGGAAAAUGCAAAAAGUUUGCAUUUGUUAAGUUAAUUGUGCUUAGCAGCGAACGACGCCAAGUCCACGGAAUCCGCCUGCCCGACCAGGAGGUGUCCGCAUCCAACCGGAGCACGCGAGAAGCGUCAGAAAUCGCGAGCGAGCGAGAGUAGUGCGGAAGGAAGUUUUCGAGAGUGGAGAGAGCGCAGGGCAGUGCCGUGAAAAUCGUUUAAUUCGCCUUCGCGGAGCAAAAGCCAGCCCAGGAUUCACCCACAUCCCACGGUAAAGUGCCCAGCCAGCGGAUUCCACAACUUCCGCGGCCAUUUCCACGAAACAAAAGGCGGAAAGGCCAACAGCUAGCAGCUCGCAGCAAAAUUGCCAAUCAAGGGCGCAAGAAGAAGAGGCAACUACAAAGUGCAAGUGCUGGUCGAGAAACUACAUGCCACUGGGAACUGAAGCUCGGAAAGGUGAUAAGUGACGGACCUCGAACUUAUGAAUUAGCAGCAUGUCGGCCUACAAUUCGAACUUCGUGCCUCCCGCCCACGCUCCCAUGCCUGUGAACGGCAACAAUCUGGUGAACGGCCUGCCAGGAGGCGUCCAGCAGCAGCAGCAGCCAGGUCCUCCAACUGGCCAGCCUUAUCUGCUACAAAAGCAGCCACAACAGUUCCAGCAGCCACCUCCCGCAGCAGCCUAUCCGGGAGCAGGAACAACGGGUAGUCAGCCACCGCCGCCUCAGUUCAACAGCGGCAUUGCGAGCCAGUUCUUGCCGCCCACGUCUGGAGCAGCUCCUCCUGUGCAACAACAUCUGCCGCCCAGCACGUUGCCGCCCCACAUGCGUCCGCCCACCGUCAACGGACCACCCCUCACCAACGGCAGCAAUGGAGCGUCCAGCGCCAACUCCUCACGCACUGCCUCCCCAAGGCCAAUAGGAGCAGCUCCUCAAUAUACCCAAGGACCCAUCGCUGCAGCGCUUAACAAUCCGCCACCGGCGUCAGGACUGCGGCAUUCGCCUCAACCCGCCAGCCAAUCCCUGGCUAACUUGACAAACAACCUGGAUAAUCUGAACUUGAAUCCGAACCGGACAAACGGAGGCGCAAAUGUCGUGCCGCCACCCCAGCAACAGUACCCGCCUCUGACGCAAAAGGAUUUCAGGGGCGUGGCUACGGCGCAAACUGGUCCACCGCAGUUCAACGAUGCCAGCAGUUUAUUGGCGGCCAGCGGAGUGGCUCCAAUAGUUCCAAAUGCCAUGGCGACGCCAUUUAGUGGACAGAAACCUCCAAACUUGGGUCCGAAUCCGGCCAAGAUGUUUGGAAGUGCAACGAUGACCGUAAGACAUCCCCCUCCGCAGGCAGGGCAGAGAAUCCCAUACGGAGUGCCUCCACCGACUAACUCCGAGCAGCAAAACCAGCAGAACAACAACAUCCAGAGGGCAGCGCCGCCUCCAGGAGCAGCAGCAGCCUGGCCGCCCAGUGUGGCAAAGCCAGUGGUGCCUGGAGCGCAGCCCCCUCUGCCGCAGCCGCAGCAGCAAGCCCAACUGCCUCCGCCGCAGCAGCAAGCCCAACUGCCUCCGCCACAGCAGCAAGCUCAACUGCCUCCGCCGCAGCAGCAACCCCAGGCGCAACCGUAUCCCUACUCCCAGGCGUAUCAAUCAGCGCCACAACAACAACCACCUCCCCAUCAGUCUGCAGUGCAGCCACCUCCGGGAAUGUUUGGAGCCCAGCCCACCGGAGCUCCACUGCAGUAUCAGGCCCAGGCGCCUCCGCAGGCCUACGGACAACAACUUCAGCAACCAGCCCAGGCGGCACCUGGAGGACCCUUUUCCGCUCCUGCUCCACUUAAUGUUGCUCAGCAAGGAUUUAGCAGAUUGUGGGGACAGGACACCAUCGACCUUAUGCAGAACCGGCACAUCUUGUCACCAGCAACUCUACCACCGCCAAAAGUGGUCCUGCACAACCAGUUCCACGAGUCGAUCAACUGCAGUCCGAGCAUCAUGCGCUGCACACUGACCAAGAUCCCCGAGAGCAAUAAUCUGCUGCAGAAGUCACGUCUCCCGCUGGGCAUUGUGAUACAUCCGUUCCGCGAUGUAAAUAGCCUGCCUGUCAUUCAGUGCAUCAACAUUGUGCGCUGCCGGCUGUGCCGCACUUACAUCAAUCCCUUCGUCUACUUUGUGGACAGCAAGAUGUGGAAGUGCAAUCUGUGCUACAGAGUCAAUGAAUUGCCCGACGAUUUCCAAUUUGAUCCGGCCACCAAGACCUACGGCGACGUGACUCGACGGCCCGAGGUGCGCUCCAGCACCAUCGAGUUUAUUGCCCCUUCGGAGUACAUGCUGCGUCCACCGCAGCCGGCCAUGUACCUGUUUCUCUUCGACGUCUCGAUCAUUGCGCAGCAGAGUGGCUACCUGGAGGCCGCCUGUGCCGUGCUCAACCGUCACCUGGACGAGAUGCCUGGAGAUGCACGCACUCAGGUGGGAUUCAUCUGCUUCGACAGCUUCGUGCACUUCUACAGCAUGGCUGAGGGGCUCAACCAGCCGCAUGAAAUGACUCUGCUGGAUAUUGAGGACCCCUUUCUGCCGCGACCCGACAGUCUGCUGGUGAAUCUGAAGGAGUGCAAGGAGCUUGUGCGGGAUCUACUGAAGCAGCUGCCUAAGCGGUUCGCCCACACCCACGAUCCGGGCUCCGCCUUAGGAGCUGCUCUGCAGGUGGCUUUUAAGCUUAUGCAAGCGUCAGGCGGCCGCAUCACCGUCUUUCAAUCGUGCCUUCCCAACAAGGGACCCGGCGCCCUGGAGCCGCGCGAAGAUCCCAACAAUCGCUCGGCCAAGGAUGUGGCGCACCUAAAUCCGGCCACCGACUUCUACAAACGCUUCGCCCUGGAGUGCUCCGGCUAUCAGAUAGCCUGUGACCUCUUCCUGAUGAACCAGCAGUACAGCGACAUGGCAACCAUUUCUGGCAUCAGCAAGCACAGCGGUGGCUGUAUUCACCACUUCCCACUCUAUCAGAAGACCAAGCCGCACAUGGUAGACUCGUUCCGUACGUGCUUUAAGCGCUAUCUGACCAGAAAGAUCGGUUUCGAAGCGGUGAUGCGUAUACGCUGCACUCGCGGCCUGCAGGUGCACACAUUCCAUGGCAACUUCUUUGUGCGCUCCACGGACCUGCUCUCGUUGCCAAACGUGAAUCCGGAUGCGGGCUAUGGCAUGCAGAUUUCCUACGACGAGAGUCUGACGGACGUGAAGACCAUCUGCUUCCAAGCCGCGCUCCUCUAUACGAACAGCGAGGGUGAGCGGCGGAUCAGGGUGCAUACAGUGUGCCUGCCGGUGACUGCUUCGCUGCCAGAGGUCAUGCACUCGGCGGACACGGAGGCCAUUAUCGGGCUGCUGUCUAAAAUGGCUGUGGAUCGUUCGGUGGCCUCCAACUUGUCGGACGCCCGGGACGCCUUCAUCAACGCCACGAUCGACGUGUACAACGCCUUCAAGAUUGCACAAAAUCUGCCAUCGGGCCAAUCGGGUCAGUUGAUAGCCCCACGCAGCCUGGCGUUGCUGCCGCUUUAUAUCCUCGGCUUGCUGAAGCACCCCGCCUUCCGUGUGGGCACCAGUACACGACUGGAUGAUCGCGUCUUCGCCAUGGACUGCAUGAAGACGCUUCCACUAGACCAGCUGAUGAAGUACGUCUACCCAGAGCUGUAUAAAAUCGAUGCGCUGAUCUACCACGCCCGCAAUUUGAACGUUGCUUCGACGCAGGACGACGACGAGGAGGAGGAUGAACCGCUGCCGGAGUUGCCGCGCCUGCAACUAUCCGCGGAACAUUUGGACUCGCGAUCGAUAUUCCUGAUGGAUUGCGGUACACUGAUAAUGCUCUAUGUCGGGCUCAACGUGCCACCCGAUGUUUUGGAAGCUGUGCUGGGCAUCAGCUCCACAUCCGAGCUGGGUGACUAUGUAUACGGAUUGCCGAAUGUUGUGAGCAACGAGAACGAUGUGCUGAAGCGCUUUAUUUUGCGACUCAACUACGAUAAGCCCUACUCGGCGCUGGUGCAGAUAAUUAGGGACACGAGCACGGCCAAGGGCCAGUUCAUCGAGAGAUUAACCGACGAUCGCAGUGAAUCUAGUUUGUCAUACUAUGAAUUUUUGCAACACAUUCGGGCUCAGGUUAAAUAGUACAUAAGCAGGAAAUCCUACCACUAUUGUAUGCUACAUAAAUACGAGUUUCUUAGAACCUAAAAACUCAGACUCUGGUGACCAAGCAAGAUGCGAAUGCAGGCGAAACUGGCGCAACACAAUGGAUACCAGCAUGGGACACACAUCCACUAGAUUCCCCACAUCCCUACCCCUUUCCCACUCUCUCGGCUUAGGUAAUUUUAAAGUGCAUGUAUUUAUUUAUUUGUUGAUUUGUUGCACUAAAAAAUAAAAUUAAAUCAAUCAAAGAACAUACACAUAGUAAAUGCGAGAGAGCUAACUUGUCACAAUUGUAACUAGAGAUCGUUGCCAGUUCGACUUGGGCGAACAUUAGUCAAAAGUCCAGCUAGCCAGUCAGUAGAGCUCCCCUGCAAGCGGAUUGCACUGUUAUUUAUUAUAGAUAUUUUAUGCAAUAAACCAACGCAACUGUUGUAAAUUAUAAUUUAACGCGAUUUUUGUUCGUUCCAACUGCUUCUAACAUUCUGCAAACUCUCAGUCCCACAAAUUGUUAUCGCUUAUCCCACUUGUUUGCUGUUUUCAGUAGUACUAUAUUUAUUUUCCGGAAUCCAGAGGAAUCUAUCAGACAAUUCUAUUUAUUUAUAAGUCGAAGGAAAGGCGCUUGUUGCACUGUAGUUAGCGAACUUAUUUCAAACGAAUGUACGGGAACAGAUUUGGUAUUGUGUAUUGCAUUGAUCGGACUGCUAGGAAGUGAAUGUCUUAAGCUUAGAAAGAAUAUUAUACUGUAUCAACAAAAAGAGACCCCACACCUGUACACCCCAGGUUGUCGUUCUUUGAGUUGGCUACCUAAUCGAAAAACCAUAAACAUAUACUGUACUAUACUUUAUACAUACACGAGUACAUCAAGAUAUAAAGCGAAAUAAAUUUUAAUUAAAUCAUA